GAACCUCAACAUCACAACCAAGACACCUUCGUCACCUCAUCCAACCCCUCCCACAAUCAAGAUGACUUUCGCCUGGAAGCAAGCUGGCCUCAGCUACAACAAGUACCUCUCGGUCGCCGCCCGCGUCGUCCGCAGAAGCUUGAAGGAGGAGCAGAGAGUCGCCGCUGAGCGCAGAGGCGUCUCUGAGCUGCGUUCCGCCAGAUGGGAGAACGGCAAGCAAGGCGAGGUCAAGAACGUCGCCGAUGCGAACGCAGAGGCCCAGGCCGCUGCCGGUAGCGCCUCGUCUUAGAUCCGACAUGUUUGAGUUAUGAGAUAGAAGGAUAGAGCGGUGGGAGGAUGUGGGAGAGCGUGGGCUUGUACAAAUGUAUUACACUCGAUACGAAUCUAUCGCCCAACAUUCUAAUAUCGACCGAACCAGUGUUUUUGGACAGCAGUGACAGCGGUUCUUCUCUGAUACAACGUGCCUGUGAUAUCCAGGACUGAGUGACAAUGUUCAAACGCUGCAACAGUUGGAAAGGCAACAAGACAAAUGCACACGCCCCGAGCCACAGCUUGACAACGAAUUAUAUCCUCCUCCGCAAUGCAUAGUUAUAUUUCCCAGAGAAUCUAUAUCAGACCCAAACU